AUGUGCGGUAUUCUUGCACUUUUACUGGCUGAUCCAUCUGGUUUUGCAUGUCCAGAAAUUUUUGAGGGCUUAAACAUUCUUCAACAUCGUGGUCAAGAUGCAGCUGGGAUUGUAACAUGUGGGUCUCAAGGUCGCUUUUAUCAAUGUAAAGGCAAUGGAAUGGUUAGAGACAUCUUUCGUGAUUAUCAAUUACGGGAAUUAUAUGGAAAUAUGGCAAUUGCUCAUGCGGGUUCAUUCGCAAAUUCUGAAGCUCAGCCUUUUUAUGUAAAUUCACCUUACGGAAUUGUUUUUGCACAUAAUGGAAAUUUAACUAAUACUGAAGAGCUUCAUAAAUAUUUAGACGAAAUUGCCCACCGCCACAUAAAUACAAAUUCAGAUUCAGAACUUCUUUUAAAUAUAUUUGCAUCAUAUUUAUCUCGAUUUCAAAAAUCGAGAGCUACAUAUGACGAUCUUUUUAAAGCCCUAUCUUCACUCUAUAGACAUUGUCAAGGAGGCUAUGCCUGCGUAGCAAUGAUAGCAGGAUAUGGAAUUUUAGGAUUUCGUGAUCCAAAUGGGAUUCGUCCUCUAGUUUUUGGAGAACGUGAAAGUAAAUAUGGGAAAGAUUAUUUAUUUGCAAGUGAAAGCGUUGCAUUAGAUCAAUUAGGAUUUACUAAUUAUUAUGAUGUAAAGCCAGGGCAGGCAAUAUUUAUUGAAAAGAAUAAGACUACUGAACCACAAAAGCAUCCGAUCAUAAAACAGGUCCAUGAACAGUUAGGAUAUACUCCAGAUAUAUUUGAGUAUGUUUAUUUUGCAAGACCGGAUACUGUCAUGGAUGGAAUUAGUGUCUAUCGUGCGCGUUUAAAAAUGGGAAGAUAUUUAGCCAAAACUGUACAGAAAAAAUUUGGCGAAGAUGUUGCAAAUAAAAUUGAUGUUGUUGUUCCAGUUCCAGAUACUAGUAGAAAUGCAGCAUUAGAAUUGGCACAAACUUUAAAUUUAAAUUAUAAAGAAGGUUUCAUUAAAAACCGCUACGUUGGAAGGACUUUUAUUAUGCCUGGUCAACAAAUACGAAAAAAAAGUGUUCGUCGAAAAUUAAAUAUUCAAGCACUUGAAUUUAAUAAAAAAAAUGUGCUAAUUGUUGAUGAUUCUAUUGUACGUGGAACAACAAGUAAAGAAAUUAUUCAAAUGGCUAAAGAUGCAGGUGCAAAAAAAAUAUACUUUGCAAGCUGCGCACCUCCUAUUAGAUAUCCACAUGUUUAUGGAAUUGACUUAGCAAGCAGGAAGGAUCUUAUAGCAUAUCAACGUACAGAAACAGAAAUAGCUAAAGAAAUUGGAGCAGAUGAAGUUAUUUAUCAAACGCUAGAAGAUUUAUAUAAAUCAUGUCAGCAUAAUUCCCUUGUCUCAGGAUUUGAGACUAGUGUGUUUACUGGAAAAUAUGUUACUAAUAUAGACAAAAAAUAUCUUGAUCAUCUUGAAAAAUUUCAAGAAAACAAUAGAAAAAUACACGAACAUAAUAUUUCAAUCACAAAUUUUCAUGGGAGUAACAUAAACAGAACUUUUGAAGACAUUAGUUUAUAUAAUCAUUAUGAUUAUUUUUUAAAAUAG